AUGGAAGAGCAGGAGAGGAGCAGGUCUCCGUCCCGUCGUGCCAGCCGGGUGGAGCAGGUGGUGGGCCGAUGGCUGCGGCGAUCCCGCGACUCCAACAGUAGGGAGCGAAUUUUGGCUGAUGGUAGAGCCAGAGUCUCUGACCAGCGAAGCUUCCCCAUCCGGGUGACCGUGCGGAUCAACCGGGACCCCAGCUUGGAUUCCCAUGGCUUCAGCCUUUCCACACAACCGCCGCUACUGGUGCAGGAUGUCGUGCAAGGGGGUCCUGCUGAUGGUAGGUUGGUCCCUGGCGACCAGGUGCUGAAGAUCAACAGCGUGGCAGCAGAAGACCUGUCCACAGAGCAGGCUGCAGAUAUCAUCAGGGAGUCUGAGGACUCAGUGACCAUGACAAUACUCAGACACACCGCGGGGCCGAAGUCCUCCUUCAUCACCGCAGAGAAGCGUGCCCGUCUGAAGACCAACCCGGUGAAGGUGCGCUUUGCAGAAGAGGUGGUAGUCAACGGUCAUUCUCAGGGAAACUCUCUGCUUUUCCUGCCCAACGUCCUAAAGGUCUACCUGGAAAAUGGCCAGACCAAGGCCUUCAAGUUUGAGCCCAAGACUACUGUGAAGGACAUUGUGCUGACCCUGAAGGAGAAGCUGUCCAUCCACUGUAUUGAGCACUUCACCCUGGUGCUGGAGCAGCAGUACAGCACAAACAAGCUGCUAAUGCUGCAUGAGGAGGAGCUUAUCCAGGAGGUGGUGCAGAAGAAGGAGACCCAGGACUACAGGUGUCUGUUCCGGGUGUGCUUCAUGCCGAGAGACCCCCUGGACAUGGUGCAGGAGGACCCUGUGGCUUUCGAAUACCUCUACCUGCAGAGUGUCAAUGACGUGCUGCAGGAGCGUUUUGCCGUGGAGAUGAAGUGCAAUUGCGCCCUGCGCCUCGCUGCCCUGCACAUCCGAGAACGGCUGCUCAGCUGCGGACACACGCAGAAGGCCUCGCUCAGGAGUAUCACGAAGAACUGGGGCAUUGAAAACUUUGUGUCCCCAACUCUGUUAAAGAACAUGAGGGAGAAGGACUUGAAAAAGGCCCUCAGCUACCACCUGAAGAAGGUCCAGGCCACGGAGCCCAGGCAUAAGGUCAUGUUAGUGUCAGAGGCUCGGCUAAACUACUUGACAGAACUGGGGGAGCUCAAGUCCUUCGGAGGGAGAUCCUUCUCCGCCACCAUGAUGCUCCAGGACAGAGAGUCCAUGGUGAGCCUGUUGGUGGGGGCCAAGUAUGGCGUGAGCCAGGUCAUCAAUCACAAGCUCAGCAUCAUGACCACCCUGGCUGAGUUCAGCAGCAUCAGUCGUGUUGAGCUGUUGCCCGAAUCCGACAAAGUCAGCCUGGUUAAGAUCUACCUGCAGGACAUCAAGGCCAUCACCUUGAUGCUGGAAUCCCAGGCUGCAAAGGAUCUAUCCUGCCUGAUGGCUGGCUACAGCAAGCUUCUUGUGGACCCAACACAGUCCAUAUUUCCUUGGACUGGCCAGUCAAAGGAGCACCGCAUUUCAGCUGAAGAAGGGUACGUGUCUCGGGGCUGCAGUGACUCAGAGGAAUCCUCCGAGAUGGAGUCCGCCGAUCCCCUGGUGAACACAUACUUCUCCCCCGGUGGCAUUCUCUCGGGGGCUUCUAAGGAUCAGAGGCAGGAAAAGAAGAAAGGUGGAGAAAGAGGAGGAGAUGAGGCAGAGAAUGAAGAGGCAGAGUGGCAGGAGGGGGCAGAGGAUGUCAAGGUAGAGGAAGAAGGGAGCGAUGGGCACAUGGUAGAAGAAGAUGUGUUGUCAGAGGCGUCCGACUCCUGCCGUACAGAUUCACGCUUCAUUCCAAGCUGCUCGAGCGACUCCAUGGAUGCCCUGGAGGAGGAUGACCUCUUAGCCUGCUCCUCCAGCCUUUCUGUGGAGCCAGGGGACUACAGCACCUGCCCACUAAUCACACCUGCACAGGAGGGCCAUGAUGCACAAUCAACAGUCCAUUCCAUCACUUCAUUGGCUGAUGCAGAUUCUGCAAGCGAGCCUUUCCUGCACUUUGCUGAGCUCUCUCGCAUGCCAGACUGCCUCCCCAGUCCCCCAGAAGCCAGUGAGGAAGAAUACAGGGAGGAAGACUCUGGGAGCACCUGGCAUGGGGACCACAUCUUCACCUUCGAGGAGAAGGAUGCACGGCACUACUACAACAUCUGUUCAAGCGUAACACCUGACAGUGCGCGCAGCCUGACCAAAUCGGCACAUGGUCACAACCCCCAAACGGAGGAAGAGGAGGACCAGGAUGGUCAUCUGGAAACAGAGCCCAUCCCCAUCCUUCAGCCGCCCCCUGGCUUUGGGGACAGCAGCUCGGAGGACGAGUUCUUUGAUGCCCACGACAGAUUGAGUUCUCCGGAGUUUGUUCCAGCCAGGGAACUAACUACAGGUACAGGUGUGUGUGCCCCACUACUGAAUGAUGAUGCGGCGGAACAGAACAGUAUUGAAGAUGAAGAGAUGGAUCACAGCCUCGACCCCAGAUUCAGGAAAAAAUCACGCAAGCGCCGUUCUUUCCUGGACUCCAACUACACAUCCCGAGUGUCCUUCCCUGGUGGAGACUCCGGGAUUGAUGUUGCAAUGGCAAACCAGCAGUUUUGCCCCACUGUGUCUUCCUUGAGUGAUGCCGAGUGGGAGCCAGCCCAGCUGGAGUCCAAGCCCAUCUUCUUCUCUGCCUCCAGCCACAGUGCCAGCAGUGAGCGGACUGGCCGGAGCAAACAGCUGUCUUCCAGCCCCAUGGAGAUGGAGCCAGACACCAUGGAGUUCAAAUCUGUGACUGAGCUGCUGGCUGUGGCAUCCCCCAUGAUCCUGGCGGUGCGCUGCCGAGUGGAGCCUGAAGGAAAGGAGAGCUGCAGGCAGCAGGGGGAUGAUGGGGUCUGCCCCGUGGGCCCUGCAGAGGGACCAUUCUCACGUCACAUGUUCCUCCUAGAGACGAACGGGAAGCCUGGCCCACGUCAGGUCUCUUCUGGCAGUUCUGGGCCAAUUUUCAGGGCUGUCAGGGACAUGAUGGAAGACAAGAGCAGAGCACCUCUCACUGGGGAAGAGCCCAUGGGGAAACCGGGUGUAGUCCUGCCAACAGAUUGCCCAUCUUCCCAAAUACAUAAUGGAAGGGAGAAGCCCAGUGCAGGUCCAGAGGGUUUCCCGGCCCAUCCAUUUUGUCCUACUACUUCACUCUCCGCGGAUCCUCCGAGAUCAUACACACCGAGCAUAGAAGAGGACGAUGGCACAACUGAUGAUGAUUUAGAUCCUGAGUGUUACACUGUCACGCAGGAACAUUCGGAGAGAAACAGUGGCAGUAUGGCACUAGCCAUCCGGAGGGGCAUCUCUCUCAGCUGCGAGAGCCUCCUGGGUGUCAGAAGCAAGGAGGCUGGUGCUCAGAGUUCAUUUGGCUCCAGGGCUGUUAAAGAAGUUGGAGUCAUGCCUAGGGAAUUGGGCAGUUUCAAUCUCCAAAGCUGCACCACGGGCUUGGUGGGACGCCUGUCUACUUCUACUCUGCGGGGGAAGAUCCAGAACCUGCCUUUUCUCCUGGCCCGCUCUCAGGAAGCCCUUGGAAACUCAGAGAGCAACUCACUCAUGGCCAUAGGGAUAAGUCACAGCAUUACACACGUUGAGAAAUACGUCACUGAGGCUGCUGAAGUUACAGAAGUAGAAGACUUCAACGACAUUGUUGAAGAAAAUGCAGAUGAGGUCGCUAUGGUCAUGGAGGAGGUGAUGAAAGUGCUUGAAGAGGGAAACGAGCUCAAGCACAGUCCAAACAUUGAGGAAGUCCUGAAGCCAGACUCUUCCCUGUUGCCAAAAGGGCCCAUUCUUCAAACACAAGCCCAGCUCACUGUGACCCACCACACAGAGGCUACAGUAAGGUCAGAAGAACAAGGUGGCUCACCUGGACAAAUACGAACUGAGGGAACUGAACCAUCUAAAGAACUCGGUGAUGUUUCUGAACAUUGUGAGCCCAGGCAACCCCAGGUGUGGACCCAUUCAUGUCCUCAAGGAAAAGCUGCCGUAGAGUGUGGCCCUGCAUCAGUCCUGGACUGUCGGUCGGUAGCUGAGGAGAAAAAGACAGCCCUGGAUGUGUGUGGAUGCCAGACUGUCUACACCAACUGCUUUAGUGGGGAUGGGAAUGGCUUCGAUGAGGAGCUCACAGUUUAUGAGUUCUCUUGCCGUACACAAGGAACCGAAGGGGCUAUCCUAAUCAACACCCCACCAUCUGCCUUUGCUUCAUCCUCCAUCUCCAGAGAUCCCUUUCUACCUUUUUCUGAGGACUUGAGCCUAUUACCAUCCCCCGACCCAUCCCCUCUGGAGUCCUCAGAGGCAAUGCUGGAGGACAUGCUCAACCAGCUACGCAACCAACGUUAUGAGCUCCCGGGGGGUUUCUGCUCGUUACAGCGAGAUUUGGGGGAAUUACUGAGCCUACUGCAGGGGGCGCCCGCUGGUCGGGGACAACACCACCAGGAGACAUGCGUGUCACACUUUACCGAGAACAAGCGGCUCCUCCGCGGUGAGGCGCGUAAGCUCAUGUCACUCUGUCAACGAGUCAUCCGGCUUGGCCAAAGCCCCGAGGAGAUGCUGCUGUCCUUGGCUGAGAGCUUCCGUACCCUGGUACAGCUGGCCAGCGUGUGCCUCUGGUUCUCCAGCUGUGACCGCUGCCUGAGGCAUCAUGCAGAGGUACUGGACAGCCUGCGGGACAUUACCAGGACGUACAGGGAGUUUUCCCAGCUGGCUGAGAGUGCUGUCGGUAGAAGGAGCUGCCAUGACUUGGUCAUCAAGCUACUGGCCACACAGUGCACGGCGCUCACCGCUUCUAUCUUCAGCCUCACGCAGCUCUUCGGCACCCUUGCAGACCUUUGA